AGUUGCAAUGUAAUACGCUAAGAAAUUCUAGACCAAAACAACACUAGUCUGAGAAGCUAAAAAAUGAUAGUUCAAGGCCUUGUUUUUAUCAUGCUGGUCGUUACUGUGUCUUCCAAACGUUUUCAAGGUCCUGAAAAACGUAUUGUUGAUGGAAAUCCUGUUGGGACUCACAUUCCUUGGCAAGUGGCUCUUUCGCAAAAUGGAUCCCUAAUUUGUGGUGGAGUUAUAUACAGCGAAAGGGUUGUACUGACUGCAGCACACUGUGUGUAUGGAGUUAAGAUUAAAGAUGUUUCUGUGCGUGCCGGAUCAUUAUCUUGGAAUUCUGGCGGUCAAUUGGUGAAGAUAAAGUCAUCUGUUUCCCAUGAGAAAUUUAACCUGACAAUUCUAACAAAUGACAUUGCUGUUCUUUUCUUGAGCUCUUCCCUCAAAUUUGAUAAUUUCACACGGAACGUUAAGUUGGCCAAGAGAACUCCCGAGGUCGGAACACCUGCUACCGUUAGCGGUUGGGGAUGGACAUAUUUUAAUCCCGAUGGUAAAACGCCGGAUAAAUUGCAUGCCGUCACAGUUUUCGUAAAAGAACGAAAGCGGUGUGACAAGGCCUACAGCAAAUUGGCAGAGUUAUUGGCAGAAGACACAGAUGUUUUUUUGGAGAAAGACCAAAUUUGUGCAUCUGCAUUUGGAGCCGGUUCUUGUCCUGGCGACUCUGGUGGUCCAUUGGUUACUACUUCAUCCAAAAGGCUUAUUGGGAUCGUCUCUGGAGGUUUCCGAUGCUUAACACCUAGUAUUUACAGCGACGUUGCAGUUCACAAGAAAUGGAUCGAGAGCACUGUUAGCUGUUUCUGUCACUAGCAAUAUAAAAAUUAAUAUUUUUAAAAAUAUACCUGCUAGUAAAAAAAUA